AUGGCCCAUCCAGUGGCAGGUUUGACGUUGUUACCAUACAAGAAUGACCAAAGCCAUGGUAGUGGGCUUGAAUUAAAAGUAAUAACGUUUUAAGAUGGAAAUGAAGGACGGGAAAUUCUCUUUGUUUUCCGCAUGGAUCAAAGGAGUUUCAUCAUCAUCACCACCACCACCACCACCACCACCACCACCACCACCAUUAUUUUAAGGUUUCAUAAUUUCAAUCCUGGUCGGAUUCGAAACUAAAAGUCCAUAUCAGAGAACUUAAUAAUAUAUUUUAUAUAUAUUUUGUUGGCUUCCCUGAUUGGCUACACAAAAAACCUUUCACACACUAGUUGAUGUCCAUGGGAGGAGUUUCUAUGCUGAAGUCUGUCUCUGAGCUUGAUCCUGUGUGAAAUGUAUAGAAGGCUAAAAAUAAUUUUUUAAAAAAUAAAAAUAAAGAGUAAAAGGAGAAGAAGAAUGUGGAUAUAACAUUAAUUGAAAAACGAAUUCUACUGGCGACGAGGUUUGAAAAUAGUUAGGUAAUAUAGUGGAAUUAAAGGAAUAUGCAGCGACAGCUAAUAACAGCAGCAGUGCUCACUUUCUAACUGUUUCUGCCUUUGGUCGAUGUUAACAUGCCCAAUUCACCAAUAAUAUCCAAAAAUAUGGCCCAUCAGCUUGUGUGACUUAGAAUCUAAUUGGGGAUUGUACUGGUUUUAUGCCUAGUUUCUCAGAUUGUUGAAAAAGUGCGAAUAUGAAAAUUUCCUUAACUGAAAGUUUGCAUCAGAAUCUGCAUGGAUCACUCAUUUGUGUAAGCAUAGUUACUCAUUUACCAUGAUUCAGCCAUGGUACUUUUUGGUCUUCCCAUGGUAUGUAUAUUAUGGGUUGGAUUCAUUUUUAGCAGUAACGAGAUAAACCUGGUGUAAGUUCCUUGUAGGACAAGAGAAAGAACAAUUAUAUGCCAAAAUACAUUAUUUUUGUUAUUUCAAUUAAAUAUUAUGUAUAUAACUAAAUAAGCCUAUGUGUGGAUAACAAGAAAAUAUGAUUAUUUCGGUUAACCAUGAACUCUUUGUUUGAUCCACUACAGGUGUUAUCAAGCCAAAACGGUCUUUAUGGCGAUUAAGCACAAUUACUCACUUCUUCUGGUCCAUUGUCAACUUCAUUAGUAUUUUCUUUGUCACGAUGUUCUCGGUAUGCACUCAUCUUCUCCCCCUGUCAGUUUUCAUGUUUAUGAGGGGUGUAGAUGAGCCAGGCUUGGGUCUCUGAGCUGAAACCCUAGCCAGCCCUCCAUAGCUGGGCUCUCCCAUGCCAAAAGAAACCAGCUUCAAGGUGGGCCCUGCUAAAAAUCCAGUCGUCACCUGGAUUAGGGGCUCUGUUCUUACUCAGCCUAUUGAUACCCAUAUUUGUCUACCAAAUUCUUGGCUAUGUUCUUCAUUUUCUAGCUUCCAGUAGACACACUGACCAACAGCUUUUGUAAUACUCUCCUUCAGAAGGACAGGACAGAUGAAUACAAGAAGGGAUCAAGCUCAGGAAAGAAAUGGGGUGGUGGGCCUGGUGGCGGCGGUCCGGGCCGAGGCCCAUAUGGCGGUGGUGGUGGCAGCAGCGGCCCUCGUGGUCCACGUGGAAUGGCGGAUAUCCGAGCUAAUGAACAAAGUAAAAGCUCAAACUUACCUCCAAUGUCUUCCCUGGUUGACCUAACCUAACCUAACCUAUCUCCAUUCUCUUCUCAGAUGGCCUUCCUGCUUGUGGAUCAUGCUGUGGAGGGUAA